UUUGCGGAGAUUUAUUGAUAAAAUCUAUGAUUUUGGCCGGUGGGUAUGCAUGAAAAUUAGGGCUUUUCUAGAACAUGCUCACUCUGCGACUGAUUCGCAGGUUUGGCGCCGUACAUCGUAAUCUGGUCAUCGCAGCUGUUUCUUCAUCCGUUAAUAAAGUUAUCUCCGCCAGCAGUAGUGCUGGAAAACCUAGUUCAGUAGAUGAGCCUGCAUUGGUUAAGCUAAAGAAGGAAAGGGACCCUGAGAAACUGUUCAAUUUAUUUAAGGCCAAUGCCACAAUUAAGCUUGUUGUUGAGAACCGAUUUGUCUUUGAGGACACAGUCUCUAGGUUAGCUGGGGCGGGCCGGCUUGAUUAUAUCGAGAAUUUGCUUGAGCAUCAGCAGACUCUGCCACAGGGUCGUCGGGAAGGGUUCAUUAUACGAAUAAUUAUGUUGUAUGAGAGGGCUAGAAUGACUAAGCAUGUUGUCAAUACGUUUUGUGACAUGCAUUUGUAUGGUUGUGUGAGGACUGUUAAGUUAUUCAAUGCUGCUUUGAAGGUAUUGACUGAAUCUCGGGAUUUACAGGCGAUUAAUUGGUUUCUAAAUGAUGUUCCUGCUAGAUUUGGAAUUGUGCUAGAUGCAUAUUCUUUUAAUAUUGUUAUCAAGGGUUUAUGUGAAAUGGGUAUACUGGAUAAGGCGUUUCUUGUCAUGGCUGGGAUGGGAAAAUGGGGACUAGCUCCUGAUGUUUUUACAUACACCUUGCUUAUAGAGGCCUCUUACAAGUCGAACUGGCCAGAGAUUGCGAAUGGAUUGUGGAGCCGGAUGGUAUUAAAAGGUUGUCUUCCCAAUAUUGCGACCUUCAAUGUGAGGAUUCAAUACUUGGUGAAUAAGGGGCGUACAUGGCAUGCUAAUAAGUUGUUGGAUUACAUGCGGAGAUUGAAGAAAUCUCCUGAGUUUCCUGAUGAGAUCACAUAUAAUUUGGUGAUCAAAUGUUUCUGCAAAAUGGGAAAUCUAAAAAUGGCUAUGUAUGUGUAUUAUGCUUUUAGGAGUGAGGGCUACAAGCCAAACCAAAAAAUUUACCAAACCUUGAUCCAUUAUUUCUGUGAAGCAAGAGAAAUCGACAUGGCAUACAACAUGUGUAAACAAAGUAUGGAGAAUAACUGGUAUCCUAGUGUGGACACCAUCAACAAGCUGAUCGAUGGCCUGGUCAGAGAUGGAAAACUUGAGAAGAUUGAUAAGGCAAGGCAUAUCUAUAGUCUUGCUUUGAAAAGGAAACCUCCUUUUAAUUCGGCUCAAAUUGAAUUCAUGAAAUCCUUAGUAUGAAGAAAA